AUGGCUGAUUCGAGUGAUUCGCAUGCGCCACCGGAGCCGGUGCUUGAGGUGCCACCACCGCGAGAGAUUCGUAUCUUGGAAACUGCUGAUGACAUUCAAAAUCGUCGUCAGGAGGUUCUUGGACAUUACUCGCAGUUCAAGGAUUUCUCUAAAACCAAGAGAGACCGGCUAGAGGAAGCUCGUCAAUUCCAAUAUUUCAAACGAGAUGCCGACGAGCUCGAAGUAUGGAUUUUGGAAAAGUUGCAAACGGCGCAAGAAGAAAGCUUCAAAGAUCCAACAAAUCUUCAGGCUAAGAUCCAGAAGCAUGAAGCUUUCGAGGCCGAAGUUCAAGCUCAUGCGAAGACCAUUGCGAAUCUCGAUAAGACCGGAAAUGCCAUGAUUCAGCAUAAUCAUUUCGCCAGUGAUGUCAUCAAGAAGCGAUUAGAGGAACUUCAUGCCCUUUGGGAUAAACUCUUCUUCAAGCUUAAGGAUAAGGGAAUUAAGCUACAACAAGCUUUAAAACUAUUGCAUUUCAUCCGUCAAUGCGAUGAAGUUUUGUAUUGGAUUCGAGAGAAAGAAACCUAUGUCACCGCAGAAGACAUGGGAAUGGAUCUUGAACAUGUCGAAAUCCUUCAGCGCAAAUUCGACGAUUUCCUUAAAGAACUCGGAAACCACCAAUAUCGUAUUAAUGAAAUCAAUCAAGCUGCCGAUAGAUUGGUCGAGGAAGGACACUCGGAGCACGAUCAAAUUUAUAAGAAGCGUGAUGACGUCAAUGAUGCGUGGCACAGAUUGAACACCCUUGCUGCUACUCGUAAGGAAGGACUCUUCGGAGCUCAUCAAGUUCAACGCUUCAACCGCGAUGCUGAUGAGACUCUGGCUUGGAUAGGAGAGAAGGAUGCUGCGUUGUCCAGCGAUGAUUAUGGAAGAGACCUUAACAAUGUUCAAGCUCUUCAACGAAAACAUGAAGGAACUGAAAGAGAUCUUGCUGCGCUUGAAGGCAAAAUGCAGCAACUUGAGAAGGAAGCUCUGAAGCUCGCUGAGACUCAUCCAGAUCGUGCUGAUGCUAUUCACCAGAAGAAUAAUGACACCAAAGAUGCUUGGAACGCUCUUAAGAACAAAGCUCAACAGCGUAAAGAAGGGCUUGAAAGAAGCUAUCAGCUUCAUAGAUUCCUUGCCGAUUACCGUGAUCUCACCUCUUGGAUUCAAGAUAUGAAAGCUGUGAUUGGAGCUGAUGAGCUCGCUAAAGAUGUUGCUGGAGCUGAAGCACUCUUGGAGAGCCAUCAAGAGCACAAAGGAGAGAUUGACGCGCGUGAAGACUCAUUCAACCAAACUGCGGCUUCUGGCCAGAAGCUCCUUGAAAUGGAGAUUGCUGAAAGUCCAGAAGUUCGCGAUAAACUCGAGAAGCUUGCUCAAGAAAAAGCCGCACUUCUUGGGCUUUGGGAAGAACGCCGUAUUCUCUAUGAACAAUGCAUGGAUCUCCAACUAUUCUACCGUGAUACCGAACAGGCCGAGACAUGGAUGAACAAACAAGAGGCUUUCCUUGCCAACACCGAUUUGGGUGAUUCUUUGGAUUCAGUGGAACACCUCAUCAAAAAGCACGAAGAUUUCGAGAAAUCGUUGGCUGCCCAAGAGGAGAAGAUCAAUGCUCUUGACGAGUUUGCUACGAAAUUGAUUCAGGGAAAACACUAUGCUGCAGAUGAUGUUGCCAAGAGACGUCAAGCUCUUCUUGAUAGACGUCGCCGUCUUCUUGACAAAGCUCGUCUUCGCGGAAAUGCUCUCAGAGAAAGCUAUAAGCGUCAGACGUUCGACCGCGAUUGCGAUGAGAUGGCCAGCUGGAUCACCGAAAAACUCACUACUGCUCGCGAUGAUUCAUAUCUUGACCCAACCAACAUUCGUGGAAAACUCCAAAAGCACAUCAACUUCGAACAAGAACUCAAGGCUAACGAGAACCGCCUUGAUGAUAUCCGCGCCACCGGUGAACAAAUCAUUGAGAGCGGACAUUUCGCUGCUGAUCACAUUGGUGAUCGUCUUCGUCAAGUCAACAGCUUGUGGAACGAGCUUGUCGAUGCUACGAACAAGAAAGGAGCAAAGCUUCGUGAAGCUGGAAACGAGCAGCAAUUUAACCGCAACAUCGAAGACGUCGAAUUGUGGCUAAGCGAGUUGGAAGGACAAAUCGCUUCGGAAGAUUAUGGAAAGGAUCUUGUAUCAGUACAAAACCUUCAGAAGAAACUCGGCCUUCUCGAAAGCGACUACAAUGCUCACAAUGAUCGUAUUGAAGGAAUCAAGGGAUUGGCUAAGCAAUUCGAGCAAGAAGAGCAUUUCAACGCUCCAGUGAUUGUUCGCAAGCAAGAAGCUUUACAUCAACGCUACAGCCAACUCCGCGAGCCACUAGAGAAGCGAAAGAGAAAGCUUGGUGAAUCUCUUCAAGGAAACCAACUAUUCCGAGAUAUCGAAGAUGAAUUGGCGUGGAUUCGCGAGAAGGAGCAAGUGGCUGGAUCGACCAAUAGAGGCCGCGAUUUGAUCGGAGUCCAAAAUCUCAUCAAGAAACAACAAGCCCUUAUUGCUGAGAUUGCAAAUCACGAGAACCAAAUCGACAGCGUUAGCAAGUCUGCUGAAGACAUGAUUCAACAGGGUCAUUUCUUGGCUCCGGAAAUCCGCGACAAGCUCGCGCAACUCCGAGACAACUGGAGAAUCCUCAAGACUAAGGCUGAGAAGCGCCGUGGAGAAUUGGAUGACUCUCUUCAAGCCCAUCAAUACUUGUCGGAUGCCAAUGAAGCUGAUGCGUGGAUGAGCGAGAAGGAGCCAAUCGUUGGAUCCACUGACUAUGGAAAAGACGAGGACUCUGCUGAAGCUUUGCUCAAAAAGCAUCGCGCUCUUCUUUCGGAUCUUGAAGCAUUCAAGGGAAUCAUUGAAGACCUUCGCAAACAAGCUUCCCAAUGCAAGUAUCAGGAACAGCCAAUGGGUCAGCUUGGACGUGAUUGCGUUCUCGCUCUCUACGACUAUCAAGAGAAGUCUCCACGUGAGGUCUCGAUGAAGAAGGGAGACGUUCUUACACUCAUCAACGCUUCAAACAAGGACUGGUGGAAGGUUGAAGUUAACGAUCGUCAAGGAUUUGUUCCAGCUGCCUACGUGAAAAGAAUCGAGCCAGGAUCAGCUCAACAACACACCCAGCAACAGGUCAACUCGAUUGGAGGAAAGCAAUCUGAAAUUGAAGACAAAUAUCAGAGAUUGAUGAUGCUUGGCGAGACUCGCAAGAGAAAACUUGAGGAGGCCUGCAAGGGAUACCAACUCCUCCGUGAAGCUAACGAUCUCGCUGAAUGGAUUAAGAGCCGCGAGGCCGUCGCCGCACAACAGGAGAUUGGAACCGAUCUCGAGCAGGUCGAGGUUCUCCAGAAAAAGUUUGAUGAUUUCAAGGGCGACCUCAAAGCAAACGAGGUUCGCCUCCAAGAAAUGAACCAAAUCGCCACUGCUCUCACUUCUGUCGGACAAACUGAAACUGCCGUCCGCAUUCGUCAGCAAAUCGAGGAUCUUAACAACAGAUGGCGCGCACUCGAAGAACAAACUGAAGCGCGCGAACAACAACUUGGAUCAGCUCAUGAAGUUCAAAGAUUCCACCGCGAUGUUGAUGAGACUCGCGACUGGAUCCAAGAGAAGGAUGAUGCUCUUGAUAGUGAGGACUUCGGAAGAGAUCUCCGCUCUGUUCAAGCCCUUCAACGCAAGCACGAAGGUGUUGAAAGAGAUUUGGCUGCUCUUGGAGACAAGAUCAAAUCUCUUGAUGAGAAAGCCAACCGACUCCGUCAGUCUCAUCCAGAAGCUGCUGAACAGAUCUAUGACUUGCAACGCGAAUUGAACGAGCAAUGGAACCGCUUGACUUCCAAGGCUAACAACAGAAAGGAAAAACUUCUUGACUCGUAUGAUUACCAACGCUUCCUUUCCGACUUCCGCGAUCUUAUGCAAUGGAUUGGAUCGAUGAACCAGCUCGUGAGCAGCCAAGAGCUUGCAAAUGAUGUUACUGGUGCUGAAGCUCUUCUUGAACGUCAUCAGGAAUACAGAACCGAAAUCGAUUCCCGUGCCGCCACAUUCCAAGCAUUCGACCAAUUCGGAAACCAACUUCUUAAUAGCCAUCACUAUGCUGAGAAGGAUAUUGAAAAACGUUUGCAAGAUGUUAACGAUGCUCGCCGUGGUCUUGAAGAUGCCUGGGUUGCUCGCAGAAACAUUCUCGAUCAGUGCUUGGAGCUUCAACUCUUCUACCGUGACUGUGAACAAGCUGACACCUGGAUGUCGGCUCGUGAAGCUUUCUUGUCGCAAGAGGACCCAACCGGAGACAACGUUGAGAGUCUCAUCAAGAAGCACGAAGACUUCGAUAAGGCGAUCAACACCCAAGAAGAGAAAAUCAAGGGGCUCAAACUCUUUGCUGAAUCGCUCAUCAACAACCAACACUAUGACGCACCAGCCGUUGCUCGCAAGAGAGAUCAAAUUUUGGAUCGCUGGAACAACCUGAAGGAUGCUCUGAUCCAGAGACGUUCGAAGCUUGGAGAAUCCCAAACCCUCCAACAGUUCAGCAGAGAUGUCGAUGAGAUUGAAAACUGGAUGGCGGAGAAGUUCCAAAUCGCUCAAGAAGAAAACUACCGCGACCCAACAAACAUUCAACAAAAGCAUCAGAAGCAACAAGCCUUCGAAGCCGAACUUCAUGCCAACUCGGACAGAAUUGCUGCAAUUAUUCAAGCCGGAACCAACCUUAUCGACAAUGCCAAGUGCGGUGGAGGUGAGGCUGCUGUCAAGGCUCGUCUGAAGGCAUUGAACGAUCAGUGGGAUCUUCUUGUCAAGACCACCACCGAAAAGAGUUACCGUCUCAAGGAGGCCAACAAACAAAAAAGCUUCAUGGCUGCUGUCAAAGAUUUGGAAUUCUGGUUGGGAGAAGUUGAAAUCCUCCUUCAAUCUGAUGAUUACGGAAAGGAUCUUGCCUCUGUUGAGAAUCUUUUGAAGAAACAUUCGCUGUUGGAAGCUGAUAUUGCUGCCCAUCAGGAUCGUGUUGCUGAAAUGAACGACCAAGCUGAUUCUCUCCUCGACAAUGACCAGUUCCAAGGACAGCAAAUCGCUGAGCGUAGAAAGAUGAUCAACGAUCGCUAUGACAACAUCAAGAAGAUGUCAGCUGAUCGUCGUGACAAGUUGAGCAAAGCUCUUAAUGUUCAUCAAUUCUUCCGUGAUAUUGAUGACGAGGAGUCAUGGAUUAAGGAGAAAAAGCUCUUGGUGUCUUCUGAUGACUAUGGACGUGAUCUUCCUGGAGUCCAAAACCUUCGCCGCAAGCAUCGCCGUAUCGAUACUGAACUGGCUAGUCACGAGCCACAGGUCUCGCAGGUUAAGCUAAAAGGACAAGAGCUUUUGCGAUCAGCCGCUGAAGCUGGAGUUGGUGAGGACCAAAUUAAGAAGCGUAUGGAGGAUCUCGAAAACAGCUGGGGACAAAUUCGCGACCUAACUGGAAACCGUCAAAAACGCCUUGACGAAUCCGAAGUAUUCCAAGAGUUCUUGGGAGACGUAGAAGAGGAAGAGGCAUGGAUGAAUGAGAAACAACAAAUUCUCGGAUCCGACAACUACGGUGACAACAUGGCUGGAGUUCAAGGACUUCUCAAGAAGCACGACACCUUCCAAGUUGACUUGGAGCUUCACAAACAACGUGUCGCUGAUCUCGUCAAUAAGGGAGACAAACUGAUUGCGAAUGGAAACCAUCACGCUCCACACAUCAAGCAACGAUGCGAUCAACUCCGAAAUCGUCUUACUGAUAUUGAAGCUAUGGCAGAACGACGUCUUGCCAAACUUCGCGACAACUCUGCCUAUCUUCAAUUCAUGUGGAAAUGCGACGUUGUUGAGAGCUGGAUUGCCGAGAAGGAACAACAAGUGCGAUCGGAGGACUAUGGACGUGAUUUGUCGUCGGUCCAAAUUCUUCUUACCAAACAAGAGGCUUUCGACGCUGGACUCAAUGCAUUUGAGCAUGAAGGAAUCCAAAGAAUCACCGAGCUCAAGGAUCAACUCGUUUCCAGCGAACAUCAACAAUCGCCAGCUAUUGAGAAACGUCACUCAAAUGUGAUUCAAAGAUGGCAGCAGCUUCUUGCUCAUUCCGAGGCUCGCCGCCAGAAGUUGUUGAAGAUGCAGCAGCAAUUCAAACAAAUUGAGGAGCUCUAUCUCGCAUUCGCCAAGAAGGCUUCCACCUUCAACUCGUGGUUCGAGAAUGCCGAGGAGGAUCUUACCGAUCCUGUCAGAUGCAAUUCUUUGGAAGAAAUUCGUGCUCUUCGCGAUGCCCAUGCCGAGUUCCAGCGUUCAUUGUCCUCCGCUGAAGAGGACUUCCGCCAACUUCAAGAUCUUGAUCGUCGGAUCAAGUCGUUCAAUGUGGGCCCCAACCCUUAUACUUGGUUCACUAUGGAUGCCCUCGAAGACACGUGGCGCAACCUUCAGAGAAUCAUCAAGGAGAGAGAACAAGAGCUUGCUAAGGAGCAUCAACGACAGGAAGAGAACGAUAAGCUUCGAAGAGAAUUCGCGAAAUUGGCUAAUGCUUUCCAUACUUGGCUGACAAACACCCGACAAGAAAUGAUGGAAGCUGGAGGAUCUCUUGAGGAGCAAUUAGACGCUGUGAAACGAAAGGCUUCAGAGAUCAGAGCAAACAAAACGCAACUGCGACAAAUUGAAGAAAAAGGUGCAAUGCUUGAGAGGAACCUUAUCCUGGACAACAGGUACACUGAGCAUUCCACUGUUGGUAUUGCUCAAGCCUGGGACCAACUAGAUCAGCUGGCUAUGAGAAUGCAACACAAUUUGGAGCAACAGAUCCAGGCCAGAAAUCAAUCGGGAGUCACGGAAGAGGCAUUGAGAGAAUUCUCGAUGAUGUUCAAACAUUUCGACAAGGACAAGACUGGAAGACUCGACCACCGGCAAUUCAAGAGCUGUCUGCGGGCUCUUGGAUACGAUUUGCCAAUGGUGGAUGAGGAACAACCAGAACCAGAAUUCCAGAGAAUUUUGGAUAUUGUUGAUCCGAACAGAGAUGGUUACGUGACACUCCAAGAGUACAUGGCCUUCAUGAUCAGCAAGGAAACCGAGAAUAUCCAAUCGUCAGAGGAAAUUGAGAUGGCGUUCAGAGCACUUUCCAAGGAAUUCCGACCAUAUGUCACUGCCGAAGAACUUUACGCGAACCUCACACCCGAGCAAGCGGAGUUCUGCAUAAAGAGAAUGAAGCCGUACACAGACGCCAUUUCCGGAAGAUCAAUUCAAGGAGGACUCGACUACGAGCAAUUCGUGCACGCUCUUUUCCAGAGCUAA